AAACGGCGAUCGCCACCUAGCUUGACCUAGGCAGCUAAAAUUGGACAAUUAGUUUGAAAAACGAAGACAGAUAAAGCAAUGUCUUUCAUUUAAGGAAAUGAGAUAAAAAUGAAUGAUAGAAAGAACGAAAACAUUGUUUUUGCAAAUAAACCAAGGGUAGACUAUGAUGCACUUUGCGAGCUAAGCUCACAGAGUUGGUUAGUAAAUGAAUAAAAUUGUGCCCGUUUUAAAUUUUUACAGACCGAAAUGGGUUCAAUGUCGGUUUGCUAGGGGUAAAUAUGUACACUUGAAGUUAAAAAAAAAUAUUAAUGUCAAAGUUAUUUGCAAAUCCUAUCACAGUUGGUCUAACCUCAAUUCACUUUUAGGAAUAUUUUGAAAAGUUGCCUUUGAUUAGGAACGACCCUAGGCCCACACAGUGACAGAACUAAAAAUUAUUUUUUCCAACACUAACUACCUUGAAUAAUUGGAGCGCGUGUUAUCAGCAAUUGCAAAUAUCACAUUGUCACAGACACGUUAUAUAUUCUAUGCCCUUUCAAUUCGGUUACCAAAACAAUGUUCCGAUUACUCGUAAUAAUUGCAAUUGCAACCCGAAUGGGAGGCGGCGAAAGAUUUCGCCUGCCCAAAAUUAUAAAACCCACCCGCUAUUAUUUGACAAUGGACCCAAAUUUCUCGGCAGCAACGCAUACGUUUUCCGGCAGUGUGGUCAUACAGUUCCAAGCUGUAUCAUCGACCACAACUAUAACUCUGCACUCAAAAGACCUCAAAAUUGCUACUUCAGCCAUAAAUUUGGUAAGUGCUGCCGGUACACCGGUAAGAGUUUCGCGCACUUCCAGCAAUACGGAUUUGGAGACCUUCACAAUCCAUCUGAGGCAACCUUUGGCAACCUCCGAGCAGUACAAUUUGACCAUCUCCAGGUUCAACGGCGUGCUGGGUACGAGUGAUGGUUUCUUCUUCGAUCGAGUACCAACAACUGAGGGUGAAAGUUUAAUGGCCGGAACCCACUUUCAGUCGAAAGGGGCGCGUAAAGCCUUCCCUUGCUUCGAUGAGCCUUCGUUCAAGGCCACUUUCGUAGUUAGUAUAAUCAGGCUACCUAAAUUUUUCUCCUUGGCGAAUCAAGAACUUGAUUACACAGAGAAACUACGCGAUGGUCGAUUCAAAGACGUUUACAAGGAAACGCCUCAGAUGUCAACGUAUCUUGUUGCAUUUAGCGUUUUGAACUUCAAAUCUACAGCGGCUCUUGAGAGACAUCGAGUUUAUGCCACCCCUGACGUCAUUAACCACGUUUCGGUUCCACUACAACUAUCAGUGGCAAUGCUAAAAUCGCUGGAACAGUACACUGGUAUAGGAUAUCAGCUGCCUAAGCUGGACCACUUGGUGGUACCAAACCCAUUCAUCAUCGACAACGCCAUGGAAAACUGGGGGCUAAUACUUUAUCGAGAAAGAAACUUUAAGUACACACCAACGGCAGUGAAAGACAUAAAGCGGGUAGUCACAUUUAUGGCCCACGAAUUCUCGCACCAAUGGUUUGGUAACCUGGUAACACCCGAGUUUUGGGAUUACAUCUGGAUGAGUGAGUCGUUCGCGACAUACUUCCAAUAUUACACUGCAUCUCAGAUCCAACCAACUUGGAGACUUAUGGACCAAUUCAACAUUGACAUUCUACACCAGGGUUUCCUGGACGAAGAGCAAAAAGGUGCCCACCCUCUCACCUACGAAGUACAAAACGACCAACGGUUUCCUCCCUUUCACGUGAUGUACGAAAAAGGUGCAUCAAUUGUGCGUAUGAUGGUUCACUUCCUCUCUCAUUCAGUGUUUCAAAGCGCAGUACGUCGGUUUUUGAGUAAAUGGCAAUUCCAAAACGUAAUUCCCAGCGAUCUCUACGAAACCUUCCAGGAAGAAAUCAAUAGUUCCGUGCAAAAAGAAUUUUUAGGCGACUUAAACUUUGGGGACAUCAUGAGCGGCUGGGAGAAGAAUAGAGGAUAUCCCAUCGUAACAGUUACCAGGAAUUACGUCACUGGUUUUGUUACCCUAAAACAACAUUCGCCUUUUGAAAACGGCACACUGUGGAGUAUUCCAAUAAACUACGCGUACUCCUUCCAACCGAACUACGAAAGCACUACUGCAAACUUUUGGUUAAGUAAAGAGCAUGAUAUUAUCUACGAGAAUGUUACAGCGGAGGGGUGGUUGUUGAUAAAUAAGCAGCAAACGGGGCGAUUCCGUGUUAACUACGAUAUGGAGAACUGGAAGCGUAUCAUGGCAGUACUCCAAAGUGACGACUACGAGCGCGUCCACGUCUUAAAUAGAGCCCAACUGAUCAACGAUGCGUUUUACUUGGCCUCUAAGAAAAUAAUACCGGUCUCAUUGCCUCUGACAAUGGGCGAGUAUCUCGUGCGCGAAAGGGAUUACAUACCAUUCGCCGCAUUCUGUAACUCUUUAGCAAACUACGUUUACACUUACAAUGGAAACAGUGAUCCUGAUGAGACAAAAUUCUUCUUAAAUCACCGGUUCAAAGACCAAGUAACGCCUCCAAAGCCAAACGACUACACCCAGGAGUACAAAAUCUUUCGGGAGUAUAUCCGGUACAUCACAGCCAACAUCAGAGCAAUACUUGGUAGUCAGGAAAAACCUACCGACAGCUUCGUCGAUAAGUUGCUUAGAAUCGACAUUGAUAGGUUCUUCCCAUUCUUCUUCCUAGAUUAA